AUGCCCUUGACUUCAUUGUUUAUUCAUUUUAUUUCAAUGUUUGUUUAUUUAUGUUUACAUUUCAAAUCUAAGGCGGUACUAGCUUUCUUUCUUUCUUUCUUUCUUUCUUUCUUUCCAAUCUAUUCUGUCCAGUGUAUUUCCAUUUCAAUUGUGAUCAAUAUUUUAAUUUUCUUUCUUUCUUUCUUUCUUUCUUUCUUUCUUUCUUUCUUUCUUUCUUUCUCCUUCCUUCCUAUGAUUAUUAUUUUUUUUCUUUUCCUUCUCAUCCUUCUUUUCUUCAUUCUUACUUUUCUUGUCUUUUUUCUCGUUUUCCUUUCUUUCUUAGAUUCUUUUGUCUGUUUUCUUUAUAUUUCUUCUUUUCUCCCUUCUUUUCUUCCUUCCUUCCUUCUUUAUUUCUAUGAUUUAUUUAUUUUCUUUCUUUCUUUCUUUCUUUAUUCUUUCUUUCUUUCUUUCUUUUUUUCUUUCUUCUUUCUUUCUUUCUUUCUUUCUUUCUUUCAUUCUUUGAUUACUUCGACCGCCCACGCAAGUAUUACCGGCAAAGAUCUAAAUCUAUCUAUCUAUCUAUCUAUCUAUCUAUCUAUCUAUCUAUCUAUCUAUCUAUCUAUGUAUCUAUCUAUCUUCUCAGUCUGUUCAUAUCUAUCUAUCUAUCUAUCUAUCUAUCUAUCUAUCUAUAUCUAUCUAUCUAUCUAUCUCAGUCCAAUUCAUAUCUAUCUAUCUAUCUAUCUAUCUAUCUAUCUUCUCAGUCUGUUCAUAUCUAUCUAUCUAUCGAUCUAUCUAUCUACCUAUCUCAGUCCACUUCAUAUCUAUCUAUCUAUCUAUCUAUCUAUAUAUCUAUCUUCUCAGUCUGUUCAUAUCUAUCUAUCUAUCUAUCUAUCUAUCUAUCUAUCUAUCUAUCUCAGUCCACUUCAUAUCUAUCUAUCUAUCUAUCUAUCUAUCUCAGUCCACUUCAUAUCUAUCUAUCUAUCUAUCUAUCUAUCUAUCUAUCUAUCUAUCUAUCUAUCUUCUCAGUCUGUUCAUAUCUAUCUAUCUAUCUAUCUAUCUAUCUAUCUAUCUAUCUAUCUAUCUCAGUCCACUUCAUAUCUAUCUAUCUAUCUAUCUAUCUAUCUAUCUAUCUAUCUUCUCAGUCUGUUCAUAUCUAUCUAUCUAUCUAUCUAUCUAUCUAUCUAUCUAUCUAUCUAUCUAUCUAUCUAUCUCAGUCUGUUCAUAUCUAUCUAUCUAUCUAUCUAUCUAUCUAUCUAUCUAUCUAUCUCAGUCCACUUCAUAUCUAUCUAUCUAUCUAUCUAUCUAUCUAUCUAUCUAUCUAUCUAUCUUCUCAAUCUGUUCAUAUCUAUCUAUCUAUCUAUCUAUCUAUCUAUCUAUCUAUCUAUCUAUCUAAAACAGAAGAUAUCUGCAUUCUCUCUCUUUCUCUUUCUCUCUCUCUCUCUUGGUAUAUUCCUUUCUCUUUCUCAUAUUUCUCUCUCUAUUUCUCUGAACAUAUCUCUCUAUUUCUUUCUCUCUAACUCCCCCCUUCUCUCUCUCUUUGUAUAUUCGUCUCUCUCUCUCUCUCUCUCUCUCUCUCACUUUAUGCAAAUUCAUCUCUCUGGUUUCGUACAUAUUUCUCUUUCACAUUAUGGUCAUAUUGUUCUCUUUCUCCCACUCUCUAUAUAUACAUCUUACUCUCUCUACACUAUCCCCUCUCUCUCUCUCUUUCUCUCUAUAUAUCCCCCUCUCUCUAAAAUCCGUGCAUUUCUUCCUCCCAUAUCCACCUCUCUUUUUCUUUCUCUAUAUUCCUCUUUGUACAUAUUCCUGACUCGCUCUGACUUUCUCCAUAUUCCCCCCUUUCUUUCUCUUGAUUUAUACCUAUCUCUCUUUCUACAUUUCCACUCUCUCACUGUUUUUCCCUACCUAUCCCUCUCACCCAGUUUCUCUUUACAUAUUCAUCCCUCUCUCUUUCUCUCUCUCUAUUCUUUUCUACAUAUCUCCAUUUCUCUAAAAUCAAACUGUUUUAUCUUGGUUUGA